AUGUUAUCAGAGGUUCAUUCAGGUCCUACUGAGAUAAAAAGAGUCUCAGUGAAGAACACACCUCAGUGUUUGCCUCAGCCAAAUGCUUUGCCUCUUGACAAGUAUAAGGAAGGAACCAGAAAAAAAAAUAGCCCCAGAAGUCUGAAUAGUGAAAGUGGAUUUUGCAGUGGAAUCAAAGUUGAUCCAAAUAUUUCUACACCUAUUUCCCCAAAGGUACACAGAAAAAUUCAGUCCAGCCUGUCAGUCAACACUGAAAACAGUAAGAAAAAUUCUGCUUGUUCUCAUAAACUAGGUCCUUUGCCUCUAGAUUGCUGUGUACACUGUAUUUUGGCCUGCUUGUUCUGUGAAUUCGUCACCCUCUGUGGCCUCAUCCUGGAGCAAACCUCAUGUGGAAUCUGCCCAGGGUAAUCUUGCUGCAAAUCCCACCACUGGGUGGCCUGCUGCUGUGGGGAAGAAAUGGGAGAUGACUGCAAUUGCCCAUGUGACAUGGACUGUGGCAUUAUGGAUGCCUGUUAUGAAUCAGCAGACUGUUUAGAAAUCUGUAUAGAAUGUUGUGGGAUUUGUUUCCCAUCAUAA